AUGCCUCCGGCUGCAGAAGACCCAUCCGACAUCUUCUUCACAGGCGCGACAAACCCUCGCCAUGGCUCCGUCAUGAUAGGCUGGGUCGGCCAGAAACCCGUCUACUUCGAGUUUGAGACCCCGGUGAUCGCGACGUCGGAGACCCUUACCACGAUAUACCGCAACGGCAGGCAGCCCGCAGCCUCCUUUGAGUGGACGAUGGGCACGCACAUGGGCAUGGCCACCGUCGGCGGCCGGAAGGUCUCCAUGCUGAGCCUCGUUGCGCCCGGCACUGACAGCAGCGCGCGUGUCUUCCGCACCACGGACGGACGGAUGUUCGAAUGGCGCAAGGUGCCCGGGAUGCCCGGCGCGUACGACCUUAAUCCCGGUCCGGGUGCACCCCCCAUCGCACGGUUCAGCCGCUUCUCGCAGCCGCAGGACACGCCCGUCGGACCCUCGCAUGCGCUUCUGCAGUGCCGGUUUGAUGACGACAACCUCCUGCUCUGGGCCGCCCUCGCCCUCUGCCUGAACCGCUGGGUCGACCUGCACGGCUACUAA